AUGAGGUUGUCAGAGAAUGGCUGGAACACGGAGCUUUUUCUCUGGCCCUCGCAGUUCCUGAGACGGCAGCAGGUUCUUCAGUUAUACAGAAGAAUCCUGCGGGCGAUUCGUGACGUGCCCGCCGAGGCAGACCGCCGCCACUUGAAGGAGUGGGCCAGGGGCGAAUUCAGAAGGAAUAAAGAUGCUGCGGAAGAGGAUGCAAUUAGGAUGAUGAUUACUCAAGGCAACAUGCAACUUCAGGAACUUCAGAGAACGCUUAAGCUGGCAAAAUCCUGACCUUAAUUUUGUUGACAGCUGGACUUUCAUCCACUGUGAAGAAGCAUAGUACUUUUUUCCAGAAUGUGCUUAUAACAGCAGUCUUUGAUGGCAUUCUGGUAAUGUUGGAAGAUGGAAUCUGCUACAGUGGGGUUUUGGUUUGGGAUUUUUCCCUUCCUCCUGUUGGUUGGAUGACCCUCCUAGCUGGAAAUCAGUCGCACACAGAUGACCUUAAGGAACUGCGUAGUUUAAAGCACUGAUGUAGCAUGUGCCUGAGGUAUAAGCAGAAAGCACCAAAAAUUACGAUAGCAGUGUUUUGCCAGGAAAAUGGAAAAUAAAUAUAAACUGGAUUGUUUUGUCUGUUUUCUGUUGUGGCACCUCUU